UCACCCAAGAUCAUACUUUGGUGUUCUUGGUCUAUACUAUAGAUAACGUUUCAAUGGCGAUUCUCGAGGUUCUAGCUCCAGAUAUUACAUGGCAGAGCCCAUGGAAAUCCUUGUGGGCGACCAGCAACCAUAGCGUCCCACUCGCAUUCUCUAGAAGAACCACGAGAAAAGGUAGAGUAGCGCAUCCAAGGCACAUAGCUGUAGUCACGAGAGCCACUUCGUCUAGGGAGAAAGAAGAAGCUCUAGAGCAAACCAAGCGCUCGACAUGGUUCGAUUGGAACAGCGAGUGGUACCCGGUAGCGAUCGAGCAAGAACUAGACAAGGGAGUUCCUCACGCUGUCACGAUUCUUGGAAAUGAAUUGGUUGUGUGGUGGGAUAGGAACGGGAAGAACUGGCAAGUUUUCAGUGACAAGUGCCCGCACAGGCUAGCUCCAUUGUCCGAGGGAAGAAUCGCGGAGAAUGGUCACAUCCAAUGCAGUUACCACGGAUGGAUGUUUGCUCCAGGAACUGGAUCGUGCUCUCGGAUCCCUCAAGCCCAGCCUGGAGACUUAAGUGCUGCUAGAUCGCCUCGCGCUUGUGCGACGGUCUAUCCUAGCAUGGAGCAGCAGGGGAUUUUGUGGAUGAACUUCAGCGCUAGCGCGUCUUCGCAGAUCAAGCCACCUUUCUUUCCAGUUCUCGAGGACGCUGAUUUUGUUCACUACUGGGCUACGAGUGAUGUUCCCUACGGGUACGAGGCAUUGAUAGAGAACCUCAUGGAUCCUACACACGUUCCAUUCGCGCAUCACAAGCUCCAAGGGAAUAGAAACAAAACCGGGCCAGUGAGCUACACCGUGAACAAAUUCGAUCGGCAUGGUUUCAAAGGUAGCACAGGACGAGGGGACGUAGUUUUCAUGCCGCCUCUCUCGUUUGUGAUGGAGAUAAGAAUACCACCCAAGCAAAAGGAAGAGUCGGACAAGAUCACAUACACCGUGUUCAUGUGUGUGCCCGUUCUUCCGGGCAGAAGCAAAGCCUUCUGGUCCUUCCCGAGGAACUUCGCAAAAUCCAUCCACUUUUACACCCCGAGAUGGCUCGCUCACCUUCGACACAUGCUGGUUCUCGACUCGGAUCUCUAUCUUCUCCAUAUCAUGGAGCAAAAGCAAGAGCGAAACGAAAGAGAGUUCACACCAACAUCGGCCGAUGCAUUCGUUCUGGGAUUUCGAAGAUGGCUCAGCGUUUACGCGGGUGGAGCUCCAGGCUACGCUCCACACAUUGAUCGAAAGCUUCCAUCAUCUCCUCCAAAGCCGCAGCUCAUGGACAGGUAUGAGAACCACGUCAAGAGAUGCCCGACUUGCAUGGCGGCCUUGAGAUCCUUCAAGCUGGCCGAGCUGGGGUUGCAAAUCGCGGCGAUAGCCACAGUGGCAGUAGCGUCGAUUCGCCGUUCUUGGUGGGGGAUCUUGGGAGUGUUCUUGUGGAUAGCUUCGAGAUAUACAGCUCGCUUUAUCCGCAAGAACUAUCACUUCCACGACUACAACCAUGCCCUGGUUAAAUGAAGAGGAAGAUCGAUUUGUUCUCUUGCCAAAGCUUGGAAGUUUCUAUCCUCGAGAAAUCUAAGAUCUGCC